AUGGAUUCGGAAACUGCAAUUCAGCUGCUGGAGGCUCAGCGGCAAGUUUGGGAUCACUCCUACGCCUACAUCAAGACCAUGGCUGUUCAGUCCGCCAUGGAACUGGACAUCCCAGGCGUGGUCCAGAGCCACGGCAAGCCCAUCACCGUCGGCGAGCUGGGCUCGGCCCUGAAAAUCGCACCGGCCAGAACCCCUUUCCUGGCCCGCCUCAUGCGGAUGCUGGCCCACAUGGGCUACUUCGUGGAGAAUCUGAAAGACGGCGAUGAUGAAACAGCGACGAGCUAUUCCGCAACGCUGAUGUGCGGGUUUCUGGUCAAAGACAGCCCUUUCAACGCCGCGACAUGGUUCCUCCUAGCCAACGACCCGAUCGCGGUGGACCCGUGGCGCUCUUUCGGCGCUUGGAUUCGUCAACCCCCCGCCGCCGCCGGCGGCGGAGAUUUCCCGUUCACCCAUGCUCACAACGGGAAGAAGCUGUACGAGGUGUGCAGGGAUGUCCCGCGGAUCGCGAAGAUGAUGAACGAAGGGAUCGGAAGAGACAUCUGGCUGUUCAGCAAGGCCCUGAUGGCCAAGUGUGGGUCCCACUUCCAGGAUCUCAAGUCCAUCGUGGAUGUCGGCGGCCACACGGGCACGAUUUCCGAGGCCCUCGCGGAGGCCUUCCCGGGGAUUCACUGCACCGUCUUCGAUCUCGCCCAGGUGGUCUCUCCGGCUGGUGACGUGUUUCAAGAGAUCCCUCCAGCUGAUGCCGUCUUCCUCAAGGUAAGUUCUAGCAAGUCUUAUGAUGCACCCUCUCACAAUACACGAAGUGAUGAAGAGUCUUUUUUUCCCCACCUUUCAAUGCAUACUGCUUUGGGGGAGCUUGUGAAAUGUUAA